AUGAAUUAUUUACUGCUGAUUAUUUUAAUAUGCUUGCUCAUUUUUGGAAACUCAGAUGCGAGGAGAUGCAGAAGAAUUAAACGCGCGGAGUUCGGGGUGAACACCUCUAAAAAAUCUAACAAAGCGACGAACAUCGCCCAAAAAGCUGCUCAGGAAGCCAAAGCUGCUUCGGACGCGCAAAACAUUGCCGGUGCCCAAGCAGCGCAUCAAGUUAAAGCUCAGUUGGCUGAAAAAGCUGUUGAGGCUGCAAAAGCCGCUGAAGCAGCACUGGCUGGCAAAGAAGCGGUCGCGGAUCAAUUGCAGGAGGAGGUUAAGGAGGCGGAAGCGGUUGUUCAAGAAGAAAGUUCCUCCUUGGAACAAACUCAGUCUAACGUAAACGCGGCGGUAAAAGCUGCGCAGGAAGUGCAGCAAGAACUAAAGACGUUGAAGCAGGCGGUUCAGACGGCGAAUGCUAAUUUGGGGAAUGCGGAAGCCGCGGCUCAGGGAGCGCAACAAGAAUUAACCGAAAAGCAGCAGCUCGUCGAGGCGGCUAAACAUCGAGUAGAGGAAUUGGGGAAGCAAUUACAAGUCGCUAAGACCGAUUUAACCAACACCAAACAAGCCGCUUACAAAGCAAGUGCUGCGGCACACGCGGCUCGAGUUAAUGCCAACAGAAAUAAAAGGGCGCAGCUUUCCGCGAGGAGAGUUGCGGCAAAGUAA